GCCUGACCCACCAUGUCACCCUCUUUGGCCUGCGCAGUGCUCGCACAACCACUUGUUCUAUCCCUCUUUUAUUUCCCUUCUCUGGCCUCAACCACCGAGAUUACUGACCCCAGACUGUUAUUCUGGCUCAGGAACGCUCAUGUUGAUAUCGGCAACAUCACGGUGGGAAAGAGGCUGGCCGUGCCCAAUGAAUACGAAGCCACGCCUUACUACCCAGCGCCCUACGGCGGCUGGGUAUCCGACUGGAGCGACAGCUACGCUAAGGCAGAAGAGCUCGUGGCCAAAAUGACGUUGGCUGAGAAGACUAACAUCACAUGCGGCACGGGUUACUUUAUGGACCGCUGUAUAGGCAACACUGGAAGUGUCCACCGGCUGGGGUUUCCCCAAAUCUGUCUCCAGGAUUCUGCUCUUGGAAUCAAGGGUACCGAAAACAUCACCGCCUUCCCGCCUGGCAUAACCGUUGGGGCGACAUGGAACAAGCAACUCAUGUAUGACCGCGGUGCCGCCCUUGGUGCCGAGUUCCGCGGAAAAGGCAUAAAUGUCCAUCUUGGCCCUACCGUAGGACCCAUGGGACGAAAACCACGAGGCGGCCGUAACUGGGAGGGUUUUGGAGCCGAUCCGGUCCUCCAGGCCGUCGGCGGCGCCCAGACAAUCAAAGGUGUCCAGGACCAGGGUGUCAUUGCUACUAUCAAGCACUUGAUCGCUAACGAGCAAGAGAUGUUCCGCAUGUAUAAUCCGUUCCAACCUGGAUACAGUGCGAACAUCGAUGACCGAACUCUCCAUGAGCUCUACCUAUGGCCCUUUGCAGAAGGAGUACGUGCAGGUGUCGGGUCUGUCAUGGCUGCUUACAACGCUGUCAAUGGGUCGGCUUGCACUCAAAACAGCUACCUCAUCAACAAUAUCCUGAAAGACGAGCUUGGAUUCCAGGGUUUCAUCAUGAGUGAUUGGCUCGCGCAGAUAGGCGGUGUCUCCGCCGCGCUCGCUGGACUGGAUGCGUCACUCCCUGGAGACCCUACUAUCCCUCUGUUUGGAAAUGCUUGGUGGGCUUUCCAUCUCACAGAAGCCGUGCUUAACGGCUCUGUGCCUGUGGAUCGACUGAACGACAUGGCCACCCGCAUUGUCGCCACUUGGUACCAGAUGGGUCAGGACAAGGAUUACCCGGAUCCGAACUUCUCCACGUGGAGUUCGAAUGCUGAAGGGUUGUUGCAUCCUGGUGCACUCGUUUCUCCAUCUGGGGUGGUGAAUGAAUUUGUUAAUGUCCAGGAUGAUCAUGCCAAGGUUGUACGCCAGAUUGCUACGGAGGCUAUUACGAUGCUUAAAAAUGAAAACAAUACAUUGCCACUCAGCACGGCAACUCCUCUGAAGGUAUUUGGGACUGACGCACGGAAGAAUCCCGACGGAAUCAACUCGUGCGCGGACCAGGCCUGCGACAAGGGUACACUGGGUAUGGGUUGGGGUAGUGGGACAGCCAGCUAUCCUUACCUUGACGAUCCCAUUACUGCAAUCACGGGAAGGGCAAAGAAUGUCACCCCAUACCUGACCGAUGAUUUCCCCUCCAACGCUGUGGUAGAAGAAGGCGACGUUGCACUCGUAUUCAUCAACGCUGAUUCCGGAGAGAAUUACUUGAGCGUGGACGGGAACCCUGGAGACCGAACAAGUUCUGAUCUGCACGCUUGGAAGAACGGAGAUAAAUUGGUCCAAGAAGCAGCCGACAAGUAUGAUAAGGUGGUUGUUAUCACGCACACUGUUGGACCGAUUCUACUCGAAGAGUGGAUCGACUUGCCUUCGGUCAAAGCUGUCUUGUUUGCGCACCUGCCUGGACAAGAAGCAGGAGAAUCUUUGACCGAUGUACUCUUCGGCGAUACUUCACCUAGUGGACAUUUGCCGUACAGCAUUCCGUAUAGCGAGGACGACCUUCCGGAGAGCGUUAAUAUCAAAGGCUUCGAGCUGGGGCAGCCUCAAGAUACGUUUUCCGAAGGCUUGUUUAUCGACUAUCGUUACCUGAAUGCCCAAAACAAGACCCCUCGCUAUCCUUUCGGACACGGUCUUAGCUACACCACAUUCUCCUUGAAUGCUACCAUUGCCUCUGGCAUCGAACUAACGUCGGUUCCGCCUCCGCGUUCUCCCAAAGGCAAGACACCUUCCUACUCGACAGACAUUCCACCAGCAUCCGAGGCCUACUACCCCGACAACUUCAACAAGAUUUGGCGAUACAUUUACUCGUACCUUCCGAAGAAUGAAGCCGAUUCAGCUGCUAAGAAGGCAAACACAACCACCUACCCAUACCCGGAUGGCUACAGUACGGAGCAAAAGGCCGGCCCUCCAGCAGGUGGUGCUCAAGGCGGCAACCCAGCCCUGUGGGACACGGCCUUUAAGUUAACGGUCACGGUCACCAACACAGGCAAGGCAACGGGUAAGGGCGUCGCACAAGCAUAUGUCCAAUUCCCCGCCGACAUUGAGUAUGAGACGCCGGUAAUCCAGCUGCGGGACUUUGAUAAGACGCGCAACCUAGCAUCCGGAGAGAGCCAGACCCUCGAUCUUACGUUGACGCGCAAGGAUAUUAGCGUGUGGGAUGUUGUGAGUCAGAACUGGAUUAUUCCUGAUGUCAAGGGAGAGUACAAGGUUUGGAUCGGUAAUAGCUCCGGUGGCUUGAAAUUGGCUUGCUCGACGACGAGCCUGAAGUGUGAGAACGGGCUUGGAAGCCCGGUCACGUAGAUUGUGAGCGAAAGGUCGUAAUGGUUGUGAUGAUGAUGGUGUUUGUCGUACAAUAGGAAAUAGCGUUAAAUUCAGCGGGCUGGAAGGUUAGAAGCCAUCACUGAACUGUGAGAAUUUGGAAACGGAAGCGUUCUCAGAGGUGAUGGAAUGUCUGAAGGACUUUUCAGUCAUGAGCUUCCCGGAGAUUCGGAAAACAUCUCAUUAACAUCUCGUUCACUCCACGAGGCCAGAAGCAUGGACUGGGCUGAGACGGUGUUGACACGUCGCGGUGUGGCGGCAUUGACAUAUCAAAGCGCCUGGCGGUGAACGGAGUGGUCUGGCCACAAAAUGUUGGCACCGCUUCUGGAAGGGGCAG